AUAGAGUAGGAUUUAGCAGCAAACCCCAGAGCAGGGCUGCUAGCAACUGGAAACUCGUCAUGAUGAGUGUAAAAGUGAUGUUUCUGUUCAUGUUUGUUCUCUUGUGCUCAGAGGCUCAUAAGCAAUCAGAGUACAAAAUGCCUAAUUGUGACCACUUUAAAACGAACCUGGCAUGUCCUUUGAACCUUUCACCUGUUUGUGGGACCGAUGGGAACACCUAUGGGAACGAGUGCAUGCUCUGUGGCAAAAUACAGAAUACCAAAACUGAAAUCCGGAUUGUGAAAGAAGGCACCUGCUGAGAUUAAUUUGGCUCUUUUGAAUGUUUCAAUCAAAGUUCAAAUAAAGCCCUUUGAAACAUCGA